UGGCUGGCGGGGAGCGGAGCGAGGCUGCCGACCUUCAAAGAAACCUGGAACCCUCAGACACCUGAUUACGUUUGUAAAUCUUGGCUCUUGGCUGUUCAAACAGGUUCUCUCUGUGACACAAGUGAACCACUGGCCUUAUAUAGAAUCACAGUGUAUUUUGACAACUGACCAAAAUGGAAGCUCUUGAGGCACAUCUGGGGUUUUUGGUUCACAUGGCAGCAGCAAACUCGACUCCACCUGGUUCUUUGGAUUUAAACCAGCCUGGAUUUUCAAAGGAGAUACUGGGGACUAAAUUGGAGGGCAAAUACCUCUGCUCUGAGUGCAAGAAUAUUCUGAGGAGGCCAUUUCAAGCUCAGUGUGGACACCGCUAUUGUUCUUACUGCCUGAAGAAACUUAUGAGCUCUGGGCCUCAGAAGUGUGCAGCCUGUAUUCAGGAAGGAAUAUAUGAAGAAGGAGUUUCUAUUUUAGAAACAAAUUCGGCUUUCCCAGAUAAUGCAGCUCGUCGGGAGGUGGAAAGUCUGCCGGCUGUCUGUAUUAACAAUGGCUGCCCAUGGACAGGGACAAUUAAAGAAUAUGAGAGCUGCCAUGAAGGGGACUGCCCGUUCAUGCUGAUUGAGUGCCUGGCAUGUAAGGGAAUGAUCAAACUGAAUGAAAAGGAGCGCCAUUCAGAGCGGGAAUGCCCCGAGAGAAGCCUCAACUGCAAAUACUGCAAAUCACUUUUCUACUUUCCUGACAUUAAGGCUCACGAUGAGAUCUGUCCUAAAUUUCCACUGAGUUGUGAGGGCUGUGGGAAGAAGAAGAUUCCAAGAGAGAAGUUUCAGGACCACGUGAAGACUUGUGGCAAAUGUAAAGUGCCUUGCAGAUUUCAGGUUGUCGGCUGCACUGAGAUGGUGGAAAAUGAAAAGCUGCUGGAGCACGAAAGCAAAUGUGUGGGGGAGCAUCUGUAUAUGUUGCUGGGCUUUGUGCUCAGCCUCAAGGCUGAGUCUGGAGACUUAAAGCACCAGCCAACCCUUGCGUCAGUGCAGGACAACUCCAUGCUCUUAACAACCAAUUCGCUGUGCUCUGAAUCAGAGCUCUCUGAGUCCUUGGAGCUGCGGGGAAGGUGCGAGGCCCUGGAGAGGAAGACUCUCACAUUUGAGAAUAUUGUGUGUGUGCUGAAUCGGGAAGUGGAAAGAGUGUCUCUGACAGCGGAGGCGUAUAGCCGGCAGCAUCGGCUGGAUCAGGAGAAAAUUGAAAUGCUCAGUAACAAGGUCCGGCAGCUGGAAAGGAGCAUUGGACUGAAAGAUCUGGCCAUGGCUGACAUGGAGCAAAAGAUCCGUGAUAUGGAAGCUUCGACCUAUGAUGGCGUUUUCAUCUGGAAGAUUACAGACUUUGCCAGAAAACGUCAGGAAGCGAUAGCCGGCCGCUGUCCUGCCGUCUUCUCUCCAGCCUUCUACACAAGCAAAUAUGGCUAUAGGAUGUGCCUGCGUGUGUACCUAAAUGGGGACGGCACUGGACGUGGGACCCACUUGUCUCUGUUCUUUGUGGUGAUGAAAGGACCCAACGAUGCACUUCUGCGAUGGCCCUUCAACCAGAAGGUGACCCUGAUGCUGCUGGAUCAGAAUAACCGGGAGCACAUUAUCGACGCUUUCCGCCCCGAUGUGACGUCAUCGUCCUUUCAGCGACCCGUCACCGAGAUGAACAUUGCCAGUGGCUGCCCACUCUUCUGCCCUGUUUCCAAGAUGGAGGCCAAGAACUCUUACGUGCGUGACGACGCCAUCUUUAUUAAAGCCAUCGUAGAUCUCACGGGCCUCUAAAGCCUCCUCCCCACCAGGAGCAUUGAGCACAGUGCCAGCCGACCAGGGCUCGCCCUCCCGGUGCUGCACCCUCAGCAUGCCCCAGAGCAGGGGCAAAGUCCAGACCUGGCCCCGUCCCUGAAGGGACCUGCUCCGCUCUGAGUGGAAAUGCAGUGUCUGAUGGGAACCCUCCCUUGGUGUCAAAACACCAGCUUCUCUAGUGCAGAUCUUCCUUGAGAAGAGGCUUGUGUUGAGGUUAGUUGAGUUUGAUCCAUGAUCAGUGGGGACUGGAUGAUCCCCUGCAGGAAUCAGCUACCAGGGCUCCCUGCAUGCAGGUUUCAAGCUAAAACGAAGGCAGCUCUUUUGUACUUGUUUACCGUACAGCUCCUGCAAUGGAACAGGCACUCAGCCUGCCCGGAGCACCACUGCACAUAGCCCUUUGGCCAGGCUCUUCCGUUCUCUUAGGAGAUCUCAGUGUUAGAGGGAGCUGGUUUCUCUCUGGUGUUUUUCUUAAAGGUUCUGUAAUUCUGUGUUGCUGGUUGGUUUGAUCUUUGACAUGAGGGAAGAUGUGGACUAGGAGCAGGCAGAGGAGGUGUGAGGGCUUCGCGCGGCAGAGAUAGUUGUUAGCUCUGAGUGAGAGGGAAGCAGUUUAGCACAGUCUCACUGGCCUCUCUUUGGCAGCCAUAGCUGCAGAGGCACUUUGAUUGGGGCUGUAAGUCCGUAGGGCAAGAGGGAGCUGUUCCCAGUGUCCAUGUCAAAGAAGACCCAAACCCCUGCCUGCGUUUUAUCUGGAAGUGAUCUGUUGGGAGGGAAAGUGGAGAGUAAGGGAGGACAGCACCUGAGGAAUAUUUUCCUCCUUUCUUUCAGUGUGGGUCUCCUAUAGAACCUACUGCUCCAGAUGCCUUUGGCAUAGCUUGUGUUUUUAAUGACCAAACAGAUGAGUAUUGUAACUCUCUGGAGCGGGUCCUGACCUAGGCAGAGAGGUGCCUUGGAAUCUAAUUUGUUGCCUGUUAAUGGUUAACUCCUGGAGCUGGGCUUAGGGCAGGCCAGCCUUGCUCCCCCAUGUGUGAGGUGGUUAGCAGCCCAGGAAUGAGGGUUUAGCCAAGAGGGAAGCUCAUUAGCUCCUUUCCUCACUACUCUCAUCCUGGCUUUUAGCAGAUCUCUUCAUUUGCCUUUGCAGGCAGGCCCCUUCUGGUGUUUUCUCGCCUGGAGUUGUUGGUCCCCCACCAAGUGUCCUCCCGCAGGUGGCAGCUAAUCUUGGGCUCUUCGCUCUAUCAAGGGGGUUUAGUUGUUUACAAGGCUGGGGGUCUAACAGCCUCACCAGAACUGUGGCCCCGAUUGCUGCGUGGCCAACUGAGUGUGCUCUCUCCAGCCAGCCAGUCUGCAGCUGCUUGGUUAGAAACUGUCUGAGGGCUUUCCCUGUGUACUCUUCCCUCCCUGGGCUCCUUGCACUCUGGCCCCAGUUUGCUGCCCCUUUGUCUAUUUCGUGGAGAAUGGGUCCCUCUCAGUGUGUUGCCAUUGUGGCUAACUGGCCCGUCAGAGUUACUCUGUGGUGGUCACCUGUAACUCUGAAGUGGCCAUUAGCCACUUUGGAGCCUUAUUCUUUGUGGUUUUCUGUCUCCUCUCCCCAUGGGUCUUGUUCUCUCCCAUCAGUACAAACCUUCAGGUUCUCUUUGGCCAAAGCACCCAGCUAGCUGCUUUUUGAACCAUCCUUCAGGGGUUGUCCCAGCCCUGUCCAACUCCUCCCCUGCUCUUCUGGCCUGGAGGACAGGCAAAGAGGCUGGCCCUGCUGCCCAUGCCAGAGGUGCUCCUGGUGGUUGGCUCGAGCCCCCCAGAGAGCAACAGCUCCACUUCCAGUUAGCAUCAGUGAUCCGCUGCCUGUGUGCAGGGGAAGGAAUUCUCUGUGGAACGAUCACCAGUUAGCAAACGUAAGGGAAUCCAGGAUUGUGAAAUUGUGGCCCUCUCCGUGGAGGAAGGCCAUAGCCCCUCUGUGUCCUCUAAAGAGAGAGAUUGUAUGUUCCCCACUUGGGCUCAGGCCCAGGGGCAUCUGCAGAGCUGAGGCACUUCUGCCUUCUCACUGUCCUAGCUAGGACCAGUGACAGGCUGUCCCACCACUGGAGCCUAGGCAGCGGCCUGCUUCAGUCCACUCGGCCCCCUACUCCGCCCAGCCCUUCCGCACACCUCAGCUGGGAUCAGAAAUCUGUCAGUGGAGAUGAGUUUUGAUUCCAGGCUAGGGUGACAGGAAGCUUCUGUCAGGACUAACGGGGUGCGUAUGGGCUCAUGCCCACAGCGAAGUAAGCCAGCGGGGGUCUCCAGUACUGCACUGCUCCCCAGCUGAGCCGUUAUUUACAUGUAUGUCGUUUCUGGGCCAGGAGCGGUGGCUGGUUCUCUCUCUUUGGAUGGGGAGUUCUGCACACAGAGGGGCCAAUAAACAGAUGUAAAACAGCCGCCCCAUGGGAGCCAAAGGGAAUUAAAUCCGCUCAGUUUAAAGACAGACAUCUAGAUCUUGGAGGGUCACGGGAGCAGGUGGGAGUCUGGGUAGGGUCUGGACAGUACUCCACAGCAAGCUGUCUGAGUGUCUGUGCUCUCCAAGCCCUGCACAGACACCACGCACCGUUCCCUGCCCUGAGGCAGCGCUGCUGCGUGCCCAGUGGCAUCAGGCCUGGGGGCUGUUCCGUUUCAGAACGCUGGAUCCAGAUGGGGCCCAACCCCUCAGGAACAGCCUGUUAUGUGCACUCUCCAGCUCCCCGUUGCAGUGACUCUCCUGAGCCUUUGGGCGCUUGCUAAGAGAGGUUUCUCUCCGUUGUCUGAGAAACGAGAGAC